AUGGAUGAAGCCUACAAGCAGCCGUCACCGGUGGCGGGGGCAGUAGGAGGAGGAGGAGGAGGAGGCGGGCAUAGCAAGGCCACCGUUCGAAGAAAGAAGGGCGCUUCAGCGGUGGGUCAGAGCCACCAGCAGCAGCAGCGGCAAGCGCGAUCAGCUUCGGCUUCGAUAGCGGUGCCGGCGCGCUCCUGCGAGCUGCUUCAAGCCGAACAGCAGCAGCAGCCGCCGCCGCCGCCGCCGCCGAAGGAGCAGCUUCCCCCGCGCAGCCCGGUGAAGGUGGCGGCGAAGGUGUGCGUGCCCACGCUGGAGGACGCCCUGGAUGACGUGCAGGUCCGAUUCGUGCUCAACCUCCCAGAGGCUGAGCUUAGCUCGGCGGAUCGCCUUUUUUUCCAGCUGGAGCAAGCAUGGUGGUUUUACGAGGAUUUUAUCGCGGACGCACACAAGCACCUUCCGCAUUUUAAGCUCAAGGAGUUCGCCAAGCUUAUGUUUGAACACUGCGAGGCGUUGCGGCCUCUGAGCGGCAAGUACAACGAGCUGUUCGAGUAUUUCCGAUCGUGGAAGGGCACGAUCCCCACCGCAGGAUGCAUUCUUUUGAAUGCCGCGAUGACCGACGUCGUUCUCGUCAAGUGCUGGAAAGGCAACAGCCGGGGGCUGCCGAAGGGGAAGAUCAACCAGGGGGAGCCGGCCAUUGACGCCGCCAUUCGAGAGGUGCAGGAAGAGACGGGCUAUGACGCUCGAGGAGGCGCGAACGAGAAGGAUUUCCUCACCCUCUACCUGAACGGGCAGCAGACGACCAUGUUCAUUGUCGUGGGCGUGGACGAGACGUUCCCGUUCGAGCCGCAGGUGCGCAAGGAGAUAUCGGCGGUGGAGUGGUUCCCCCUCGACGCCCUGCCCUCGCGCAGCUUCGGAGUGGAGCCCUUCGUGCCCCGGCUGCGGCGGUGGAUGGCCAAGACGAAGGGCGUGCGGGCUCCCAAGAGCGCGACGGCGGGCACGAACGCAGAGCCUGAUCAGGGUGAGAAAGGCGAGGGCAACUUCGCCCGACGUGUCUCACGCCGCGGCUGCCGCGGUGUUGACGAGCCAGUCGCAACCGUCGUCUCCCACUGGGGGGGGGGCAUCUUCGAAUGGCACCGCCUGCGCCAAAGAAGCAGGGCAGGAAGGGCAGCAAGGGCGCCGCCGGCGGUGGCGGAAACGGCGGCGCGGAUCAAGGACCACGCGCCGUCGACCGUAGCCGCCGGCGACGGCGUCCGGGCUUGCUCCGCGCCCAACCGGCGCGGUGGGGGCGGCGGCGGCGGCGGCGGGCAUCACGCGAAGGCCAAGGGGUACGACCGGAAAAACCAGGACACGUUCGGUGGCGCAGACGAAGAUCCCAACGGCAACGGCGGUGGUGACGGCUGGGAUUUCGAGGCGAUGCUGGCCGCCAACGAGCGGCUCACGGGGCGCACCUUCGUGUACGACGGCAACCCGCACGAGUUCGGAGACCCCGCGCAGUCGGCGCAGGCCUCCGCGGCCGCCGCGCCACCGGCGCGAGACGAAGACCAGGUCGGGCACCUCAAGCAGCGUGGCGCCGCCGCCGCCGCGGGGAACAACAACAACCGCAAGCCUGCGAAGGGGGCGGCGGGCGGUGGCCGCAAGGCAGCGGCCGCGGGCGAUGCUCAGGGCGGACCUGGGAAAGGCAGGAGCCGGAGUCGUGGCAAGGACAAGGGAAGAGCUACCGCGAAGCCGAAAUCGAACGCCGCCGCUGCCGCCGGAGCCGGCACGGAUGCCACAACGAGCGGCGACGGCGGCGGCGGCGGCGGCGGCGCCAGUGCUGCGACGUCCGCGAGCGUCCGCUCCGCGGCGACUGCGGCGGGAAGCGGCUGCUGCUCCGAGAAGGUUGUUCCGAGCAGCCUUUGUACAGAGGGGGGCGGGGGGGGCUCCAGCGUUGUCGCUUUGGGAUGCACCGGCGGCGGCGGCGGGAGCCCCGUCGAACGGCCGUGCGGGCGUGUUUGGCGACUUCAAGUUCGACGUGCUAGACAUCUUGAGCGCCGUGACACCCAAGGAUAA